AUGGGAUUCACCGAUAUGAACACAUUCGUUUCCCCAACGCUUGACUCCAAAGUAACCGGUGAUGAAGGUCUCUACGCUGCUAUUGAGGCUGCUCGUUUGGCGCGUGCCUUACGUGGUGCUACGAUUCGUCCCCAUGUGCGGGGAAACCCAGGGAUUAAUCCUAACAGCAUUCCACUUGCAGAACCUCCAAAGAAAUGGGUGGUGCCUUCACUUAGUGAAUCUGCAGAAGAUGAAGUGUUGAAGGCAGCGAGUGGUGGAGACAAGGCGGUAAUGCAAUAUCGUCAGCAAGUUGCCGUCGCUAUACCAGAUGAUGCAGACUUGGAAGAGUUGCGUGCAGUUGUAUCGUAUAUUCACCAUAUAAAACCUCAUCCUGUUAUGAAUUUUGAUGAUGUGAAACGACUAUUACAUGUAAUGGAUCUACCAGGCGCUAAUAUCACCUGUUUAAACUUUGGUGAUGGUGCUAUUAUGCCACACAGUCACGCAGAGGCAACACCUAUAACUGUUAUGGCAAAGAUAGAAGAACUGAAAAUGCGUUUUCCACUACCAACACCAAAGCCAAAAAAAACGUCAGAUGGUAGUGAAGAAGAAGAUGAUGAUGAUGAUGAAGAAGCGGAAGACGAUGUUGAUCUCGAUACUAAUGAAGAAUUAAAAGCCUGGUGCCAGAGUCAACAAUUGGAGUAUACAAAUUACGAUGAUGCCUUGCGUUCCAGGGCUGCCUAUGAGCUGGAUACAUUUCGAAACAUAUGCAAUCUCCUCAUGUACGAUAAGAAGGUUCGUGUUCUGCUUCUUGAUCACAAUCAAUUGGGAAUGCCUAAUGAAGAGGAUCGUCUCUCCCUUGUUCCAUUACGACUCCUUGCGAAAGUUAUUGAUGCGAAUGAAACCAUAAAAGUACUAGAUCUCAGCAGUAAUGAGUUAGGACCCCAUGGUUUUGGUAUUAUUGGCAAAGCCAUGACUAAAAACAUUUCUAUUGUUGCAUUAGAUCUAUCAAACAAUCAACUGGGAAUGCAAGUACCUGAAUUGGAUGAAGAUCCUGAAUAUAAGGAGGAAGAUCCUGUGUUUGGUGAAACAUACAAUGGACUGGAGGCGAUCAGUGAAGUCCUUAAAAAGAACAAGUUCCUACGCUAUCUGCGUCUGGCUCACAACCAAAUCCACAGCGGGGCGGAAGGAGAAGAGCCACCGGUCGUCAAUCCGGCGGAAAUGGAUCCCGAGCACGACGCCAACACGCCAGAUGUUGAGAGUUGGCAGGACCUCCCGCUUUGGCGUCUCGUUGGCCCGCUGCGGGAGUACCACCGACUCACCGCCCUCGAUCUCACCGGCAACGAACUCGGGCCGGAGGGGGCCCGCAUGAUCGCCACCGCACUCGCGGAGAACCAUUCCCUUCAGGUCUUGGACCUUACCGCGAAUAACAUUGGCUUCCGUGGACUGCACUACAUAGCGAAGCUUUUACUCGCAUCUAAGCACAGUGUUCUACAUACACUCAUUUUAAGAAGAAAUGAACUCGCCGGAAAGAAAACGAGUAGGUCACAACAAAAAAUGGCUUUAGUCGCUAUGGAAGCAGUUGCAUUGGCAUUAGAGAAUAAUAAUAAACUUCGUCGUUUUUCAGUUGCUGGAAAUUAUUUGGGUCCAACUUUAUGUUCUGCUUUACUUCGUACUAUUGGUACAGCUUCUGCUUUGGAGGAAUUAGAUCUUGAAAGUAAUGAUGCUUGUGGAGAUGUUUCAGCACCACAUGAUACAACAGCUCUACGUUUUAUUGCUGCCGCACUCUAUGGAACAGCUUUGUGUGGUUGUCGUCCAUCAUUAGCCGUGCUUCGACUUGGUAGUAAUAAUAUUCAAUCAGCUGGAAUGCGUGUGUUAUUUCCAUUUCCUGCUUCUAUGCCAACAUCUCUUCGUGAAGUUGAUCUCAGCCGUAAUAAUAUCUACAAUGAUCUUGACUCUGUGAAUCAUCUUUUGAUUAGUUCACCUAUAUUAAAUCGUCUUGUAUUAGCAUUCAAUGGUAUUACUGCAGCUCCUGCUUUAAUACAUGGUAUUACUGUUAACACAGGAUUGGCUGAGCUUGAUCUUUCUCAUAACAAAUUGGGUUCUCUAAAGGAGCAGUAUUGUUCUGAUCCAGAGGCACAAGUUACAGGAGUGACAAAUCUUUUGCAGGUUUUAGUUAGACAUCCAUCACUUGAAAAUGUUGAUCUUAGUUAUAAUGAGUUUCAUGCUAUACAUGGUCGAUUACUUGCAGAGUUGUGCAAUGGGAAUAAUUCUCAUCAUAAAUUACGUCGUCUUGAUUUAAGCGGAAAUCCAGAAAUUAAUCAACAGGAUGUUGAACAGAUGGUGCAAUCACUUGCCAAUAACCCUGGUAUGGAGGCCUUUUACAUUUCUACUCCAUACCCAGCAACAGCAAGUAGUGGUGGUGUAAUACGUCCAGUUGGUCAAGAUGCUGCAGCAGAAACUUUUGAACAACAAGGUCAACAACAAGAGUCGCUAUUAAAGGUUCUAUGGGAAACCGUACGUCAGAGUCCUUCUCUCCUUGAUAUUAACUGUGACCUGCAGAAGCGUAUCAUACCAGAAGAGGACACUCACACUACAGAGGGUGACAUAAUCGGGGAGAUGAGACGGCGUUUGUUGCUAAAUACCAUUCUAGCACAGGCUAGGGAGAGUACUGCUUGA